AUUAAAAAUAGACUGAAAAAAUACACCGAAAUGACAAAUGGAUAUAGUGAAAUGGCGAUCUGAAAAUAAUAGGCAUUUACAUUUUAGUUUAAAUUUUACUCACACUUUCAUUUUUAAACUGGGACUAUCAUUUUAUUAGUCUACCCUGGGUGUUAAUAUAACAAAGUUUUUAUUAUGUAUUAAUAGUUUGUGGGUACAAUUCUCACAGUUGUGACUGAUAUUGAUAAAAAAUAUUAAUGAAACUCUGCUUGAAAUCCAAAAAUGUCAUACCCACACUAAGAUUACAUACACACGGACUACAUAGCGUUCAGAUUUCAUAUGAAAACUACAUACCACUUUACAGUAGUUAAAUCUUAAAUUUUUCGAAAUGCCUUUCUGCUUAUGCACCUCGUAAGAGCCAUUAAAAGCUAUAUAAACUCCAAAUUUGCAACUUUUGAAUAAGUUACAUUUGGAUAUUUCAACACAUAAAUGAAAGAGAACACUCUAUUUAUGUUUGUGCAUUUAUCUAAAAAGGGAGUAUGACGGGCUGACAGUAGUGUUUCCUCUGUAAAAGGAGGGUGUGGCGCCCUCAAACGCCUCUUUACAACAGCAAGCCACUUCACUUGCUGGCCAAAACGGUGGAGCCAUCUUGCACAGCGUAUCGGCAGUGACUAAACUCUGAAAUUCGGACUGUUCGCUUGUUGUAAACCACAUUUUUACUUUACUAAAACCCGCACGGGACAAUUCUGUAACGGACCAGUUAUCGUGACAGCGUAAACAAGCCAGCAACGAUGUAACAUUUGACGAAAACAUUUCGACUGCGCUGUGAUGUUGUUCCGUCUCUUGCAUCCGUUGGAAUGACGGUUGAAGCCAUUGGUACCGCCUUUUAGAAUGCGGAGCAGCCAAUCACAUCUCGCCGACACGCUUCCACGAAGACGUUUUAGUUGUUGUGCGCAUGCGCAGGUCAACUGGUAAAUACCUCACUUCUCACAAGCUCGCAGGAGAGUGUGAAGAUGGCGGUUGGCUCCGGCCCGCUGGAUGAGCUUUUAUUACACACAGAGGUGAAUAAAGCGGUAGUUUAUCAUCCUGUACGGUCUGUAGAGUCACAACUGUCGUUCUUUGUCACAAUAAUCACUGGUAGGCACGAGGCACCCAGUAAUUACAUGGCUAUAGUUCCGGGACAAGCGAGCUAAUGUCCAGCUGGGACUUGGUCAAGACGGUUGCUGAGCAGGUACGCUGUAACUAAUGUUGUUUUGCUCUUUAGUCUCUCUGAGUAUACAUGAAAAGCAAGCACCGGAGCAGAGAAAACCAGUAGUUUUGUCAGAGUCUUGCCCCAUCACAUCCAAGAUUGUUUCUGCUCCUUCUAAACAAGUUGCAGUGCAGGGGGUCUCAUCAUAACCAGGUCCCCAUGGUUCAACUACGGACGCGUCGACGGCCAGCACGGACGACCCUGGCAGAGCACUUGUUGUCAGUGGCGGUGUAACUUAUCUCCCUAAUCACCAGGAGAAAGUUGGCUCGUUCUCGGUGCGGAGUUUCAAUGGGAGGCAAACUAUGAACUCGCACAGUUCAGGAAGCGCUGCUGCCCCUCUGGUGGGGACGACAGUGACAAGUGGCACUGCGACAUCUGUCACAGCUGUCAGCAGUGGACUCGUGUUGUCAAAAGGGCUGGCCAGCGCGAUAAUGCCCCCCUCAGUGUCAAACAGUGUAAUUCAGACGCCUCUCAUGAGCUCACAGAGUGUUGUCGCUUCAGCUGCGACUGUGAGCCAGGCAGCAGGACCCACUGUGACGCUCGUCAGGCCGCCUAUGCAAACAGCGGGGUCGGGUGCAACUUUAAAUGGGAACAAUAAUGCGAGCCCCGCAGUGGUUUCCAGUACAACAGGUAUCGGCACGCAGUCUCCGCUUGUUAACAGCAGCCAGCCGUCCAACUCGGUGUCUGUGAGCGCAGGGUCGCACAUAAUCAAGGCAGAGCCACCCACAACAAUAAUACAGUCAGCACCGCAGCAGGCUGUCACUCCCGGUGCCGUCAGCGCUCCCCGGACUCCGGCUGCCGGUCCAGGCGGGAUCCGACCCCCGAUGCCUCAGAUGUUGGCCCCAAGGCUUCCUCAGACCUCCCCGGGACAGCCUAGUGUACAUAACAUCCAGCUCCCCCCGGGGAUGGUGCUUGUACGCAGUGAGAGUGGACAGCUGUUGAUGAUUCCUCAACAGGCCCUGGCCCAGAUGCAGGCCCAGGCUCAGACUCAGGGAGGCAUGGCACCUCGGACUACUACGCCAACAAACAUGCCUCCUGUCCAGGCUCCUGGAAACACCAUCAUCAGCAGACAAGUGGCUCCCACCACCAUCGUCCGACAGGGCUGUCCAACUCCAACGUCACUGUCUGCGACUACCACUCUUCACAGACCUCCUAUCCUUCAGAGCUCAGUUGGGGCUGCAGUACCAGGAGUGACCCCGAGGACAGUCAGCCAAACAGCUGGGACCACGGUUACAUCAGUAACAGUGAGCAAAGAGACAAUGGAGAAUGUAAAGAAAUGUAAGAACUUCCUGUCUACAUUGAUCAAGCUGGCAUCCACUGGGAAGCAAUCAACAGAGACUGCAGCCAGUGUGAGAGAGCUGGUCAAGGACCUGCUGGAGGGCAAACUGGAGGCAGAGGAGUUCACCAGCAGAUUGUACAAAGAACUCAACUCCUCACCCCAACCUUACCUUGUGCCUUUCCUCAAGAGAAGCCUCCCAGCCUUGAGGCAACUGACUCCAGACUCAGCAGCCUUCAUUCAGCAGAGUCAGAUCCCCCAACCGGCCUCAAGUCCAGUCUCCUCCACCUCACCCACCCCCACUACGGUGGUCCUGGGCAGCCCAGCCCCUCGCCUCACUGCUCCAAUCAGCAGGCCUCAGCUCCAGCCAGGCGUCAGCAAACCAGGACAGACCCCCUCACUGGUUCUCCAGCCUCAGCAGCAGAGGGCAAUAUUGAGACCUCAGGUAACCUUACCGACGACCCCCAUGGUGACUCUCAGGAAUCAGGCCCCUGGCCGCAUCGUGCUGGGACAGCCGCAGGUCCAGAUUAAAGAGCUGCAUCCAGUUCCUGUGAGACCGGAAGUGCCACUUGUUUCUAAACAAGUCUCUGCUGCAACCUUGACUCCAGCUCAAAAGAACAAGCUGAAAGAGGCGGGUGGCACUUUUAAAGAUGAUGAUGACAUCAACGACGUGGCCUCCAUGGCCGGAGUGAACCUAUCAGAGGAAAGUGCUAAUAUCCUAGCAACCAAUUCAGGACUAGUGGGAGCAGUGACACAUUCCUGUAAGGACGAGGCUUUUCUUUCCUGCGCUUUGCUGCAGAGGAGAAUGCUGGAGAUAGGCAGGAAGGUUGGGGUGACAGACCUGGGUGCAGAUGUGGUAAACUAUGUCUCCCAUGCUACUCAGCAGCGACUCCAGAACCUGCUGGAAAAGGUUUCCCAAGUAGCCCAGCAGAAAAAUGUCAAUUUCAAGGAGGAUGAAAAUUAUGAACAGAGCAGCGACGUUCGUGCUCAGCUGAAGUUCUUUGAGCAGCUGGACCAGUUAGAGAAACAGCGGAAGGAGGAACAGGAGAGAGAGAUCCUCCUAAAGGCAGCUAAGUCUCGAGCUCGACAAGAGGACCCAGAGCAGCUGCGUCUGAAACAGAAGGCAAAAGAGAUGCAGCAGCAGGAGCUGGCUCAGAUGAGACAGAGGGAGGCCAACCUGACGGCUCUGGCAGCCAUCGGCCCCAGGAAGAAGAGGAAACUUCUGGACUCUCCUUCCUCCUCUGGUACAGCGGAGAACAUCUCUUUAAAUUACUUAGUGAGCGUGAGGAACAGUUGCCACUAUGGCUAAACAGAGACAGUAAAGGGGAACUCCUUAUGACUGACACUUCAACAGAAGACAUCAACAUAAUGUCGGGAGCUGAGGUUGUAAAUGUCAUUGUCACUUUGUCAGUAUAAAAUAUCGUUUAUAGAAAUAGCUAAUGUUAGAGCUAACAGUUCUGUCUUUCUCCUGGGUGACUGUAGAAUCCAGACAAAGUUGAUUUAGUGACGAACUGCGGCUGACAACCCACACUGCCCUGACAGAAACCUGCUGUCAGUCAUCUGUGCUCUUCAGAAACCUGGAGAAAAUAAUAUAAUGAAGCUUCUUAUUAGUUCUGGCAGAUCAGUGAACUCAUGCACGCUGUCAGCUGAUUAUUACAUUCACACAUCAAAUUUAAACAAGUUACAAGUCACAUUCAAUCAGUACAAUGAGGCGGUAUUUAUAAUGUGACACUUUCACUUAUGAUGCUACAGCUGCUGGUUAUGCUUGGUUCUACCUGCUACACAUCACUGUUACUGCUUGUGUUGAUUCAUUUUCUCCUUUGACCACCAGACCUCCUUCUGCUCUAGAUUUUUGUUUCCCUUAGUGACAGUGGACGUUGCCUUGUUGUAUAAACUGCAUAUAUACAGUAAAUAUUGAAUGCAUGGGCUGGGGUUCUGCUCUGUUAAGUGUUUGGGAGUUUCUUUCACUCCCCGCUGUAUUUGUUGUUUGGAUAUACUGGGGAGCGCCAACAAGAGCAGAGCUAUUUUUGUGAAAUAAGUGUCUAACCAUUUGCUGUAAUAAAUGGCCCUGUGUCCUUUAAGCGUCUCUGGUGGGAAUAGGCAGAUAAAAAAAACUAAUGUCCAGGUAACAAUAUGUCCUUUAUUUACUUGCUUUGUGAAAGCUUGCAAUAAUUUAAUGAGUGUCUAUUUGUACACUCGCCCUCACCCCCCAGUGAUAAUGCUGCUUCUUUAUAAUGUUCUUUAUAAAUACAGAAAACAGUCGCACAGUUGUGUUGUACUCUUUUAAGUUCAAUGCAAAUUGCUGUGGCAGCGAUUAGGUAGUGUGAAAGUGGUUACCAAAUUAAACAAAUACAUCUUGUGAAUUACACAUUACCAAACGGUGCUGUACUUCAACAGGAUUUUAAGUAGUUUCUUUUAGCAGCAACAGAGGCUAUGACUGCAAGGCUUCCUAAAUAAUCUACAUAGCAUUACUAGCUAAAAAAGAUCCUUUACAAGGUUCAUGGUGAUUAACUAUAUGUAUCAAGAAAGAGGCUAGAAACAUGAUUACAUAAAGAAUUCGCUCUAAAACACUAGCCACUUUCUUAACUCACCCUCAUAUAAAAUUUUCAUUUUCCCAAUUACUCAUAUUUCUCAUGCAUUGUGUCCGGGGCGGUGGUGCCCAAUACACUUUGACAUGUUACAAUGUCUUUAAAAGCACUAACAUUUAUAGACAGACAAAUCUACUUGCACCAUUCAUACCUAGAGGCAAUUUAGAGUUUCCAAUUCACCUGAACUAGUGUUAUUUCAACCAUUUAUCCAUCACUUUUAGAUAUUUCUACAUUUUAUCCAUUACUUUUAGCUAACAAUUGCAUCCACUUCAUUACUUCUACUCUCUUUUUCAACCAUUUAUACAUUAUUUUAGCUACUUGGCUGCUACUUCUUUACCUAGCUAUUUGAAUCCAAUCAAUCCAUUAGUUUUAGGUAACUAUUUUAACCACAUAAUAAUACCUUUAGUUAUCUAUUUCAACCAUUUAUUCAUUAUUUUCAGCUGACUGUUAAGACUUGCUGGCUUGCUAACUAGUUUCAAUGCACUCUCAGUUGCAACAAAGGUUCAGUUACAGCUGAUUCAAAAGGUGUAUAUUUAUUAAAAGCAAAAACAGGUUUCUGUUUUUUCAAACUGGAUAAGCUACUUUACAAUCUUUCCAUGAACUCUGCCAAAUUAUACUUUGGGUCUACUUCCUGACACCCUCACAAAUUUCAAAUAUCACAUACCCACUCCCUACUCUCACCCUUUAUUUCUGUCUGCUAUCUGUCUCUC